AUGGGGUAAAGGUUCCAGAGUGUGUGAUGGGCGGGAAUUGCCUGGACAGAGCAGGCAGCUGGGGUGGGACGCCAUCACAGGCGCACAGGCUGCUCGUGCUGGGUAGGUAGGGAGAGGCUGAGGCAGUACACACAUGCCUUAAAGACAACCGUGUAUCUGUGUGGCUUGCUUUCACCUCUGCAUUUGCUAAACCAAGAUCACUACUCUCUUCCCCACACCUGGCCUCUCCCCAAGAAGGGUACAGAGUUCAGCAAUACAGAAUUUCAGUCUGUGGAUGAGACCUCUGAGCAUUUAAGUAAACACAGCCUUCGGUUUUCCCAGAAAAUACUCCCAGAUACUUGUACGUUCGAAUUCCAGCAGAACCUCCUCUCCCACCAUCAGGGUUGUGGUAAAUUAAGAGUUAAAUUGCUGCUGUAAAGCAAUUUAAUCUCUGUGUUGGGCAGAGGCUGAAACUGAGUCAUGUGUGCAUAUUUGGAUACGUCACACCCUCUUGCUAGUAGACAAAGAACAAACUAGAUCCUCACCAUAAAUCUCAUGCCUACAGGAUGCUUCUGGACAACAGAUCAAUUACUCUUUAGGCCCUUACAGAUAGAAGAAUAUCCUCUCAAAAACACCCCUUGAGACGAACUAGAACAGCAUCACUUUUUUUUUUCUAUAUUUAUAUAUAUCCGGAUUUAGCAUACUACAAUGAAGAUACUAGUUUUCACUGGACUUCUCUCCCUUACCUCAAGUCUUUUUACUACAGCUUUAGAAUCUUCACUGAAUGGCUCCACGAUUAAAACCGUAUCUCUUAUCAAGACAUUCCGUGGAAUUUCAGCAAGAGACUAUGAUUACAUCCCCCCUCAUGCUAUAGAAGGGGAAACAAAGACCAUCCACAUCAAAGAAAACAAAAGCUCUCCAAAAAAGUCCAAUGACUCCACUUUAACAGAAGUGAACAACACCACGUUAGAGUACCUGACAAGUUCUCUGAGCACCAAGCUGAUACCCACUGUCUACCUCAGUGCUGUUUUAUUGGGUGUACCAUCUAAUGCCAUCAUUUUGUGGAUGCUCAUCUUCAGGAUCCGGUCUGUGUGCACUGCCAUCCUCUACACAAACUUGGCUAUUUCAGAUCUGCUCUUCUGCAUCAUGCUGCCAUUCAAAAUAGCAUAUCACAUCAAUGGGAACAACUGGAUUUUUGGAGAAAUGAUGUGCCGAACCACAACUGUGGUGUUUUAUGGCAACAUGUACUGCUCUAUUCUGCUACUCACGUGCAUCAGCAUCAGCCGCUAUGUGGCCAUCGUUCACCCUUUCACCUACAAGAGCCUGCCGAAACGUACUUAUGCCACCACGGUUUGUGCUACUGUGUGGACCAUCGUCUUCUUGUAUAUGCUCCCACUUUGCAUAAUGCAGCAGAGCUAUUAUGUGAAACAACUGGGAAUUUACACCUGCCAUGAUGUGCACAAUGCCUGUGAAACUAUAUCUUCCUUCCAGUUUUACUACUAUGUUUCUUUAGCUAUCUUUGGAUUUUUAAUACCUCUUGCAAUCAUAAUUUUCUGCUAUGUCUCAAUCAUACGAACACUCAAAACACAUGAAUGGUUCUGGUAUGUUAAAGUCAGUCUUUUGAUCCUUACCAUCUUCACUAUUUGCUUUGUACCAAGCAAUAUUAUUCUUAUUAUCCAUCAUAUCAACUAUUACUAUUAUAACACAGAUGAGUUGUAUUCUUUUUAUCUCAUUGCUUUAUGUCUUAGCAGCUUCAACAGUUGUCUUGAUCCUUUCCUUUAUUUUCUGAUGUCCAAAAUCAGAAGUCAAUCCAAUAUUUACCUAACUAUGGUUAAAAUAUCCAGGGAAGCAUGAAUUUGUUUCUGUAUUGUUGGAAUUAUGAUUUUGUAUAUUACUAACCCAGGUAGCAAUAAACCUCACAUGCAACAACUAAAA